AUGGCGACAGAUAUCAAUGGAAUUCUAGCCAACGAAAAGCCGGGGCAGAACGCGUCCACUGGCGGCCAUGGCUUGAGAAACUCUCUCUUCCCUCGCACUCUCUGCAGUCUUGUUGAGGUUUUCACGCCCACAUACUGGGCCACAAGCAGCAUUAUUGGCAGAAAACUUUCAAGGACGGCAUAUCUAGACGGUUUGCGCGGAUUUGCAGCCUUUAUGGUUUACUGGCUGCAUCAUCAGUUAUGGGCGCACGAAGACAGCCAAAUGAACAACGCAUUCGAAAAUGGUUUCGGAUGGAACGGGCACCACUAUUUUGCCGCGCUUCCAGGUGUUCGUAUCUUUUUCUCCGGGGGGCAUUUCGCCGUGACCGUCUUUUUCGUGAUUUCAGGCUAUGUGCUCUCAGUCAAACCACUUUCCCUGAUCCAUGCCGGUGAAUUCGCCAUGUUGGGGGAAAAUGUUGGAUCCGCUCUAUUUCGUCGAUGGCUGCGACUUUUCCUACCGGUUAUUGCCACUACUUUUAUUUUCAUGACUUUGCUUCACCUAUUCGAUGUCAAGACAUCUAUAGUGGAUAAAGCGCCGACAUAUCGUGAAGAGGUUUGGAACUGGUACAAGGAAUUCAACAAUUUUGCCUUCGUGUUUCGAUCCGGCGGUGAGCCAUGGUUUAGCUACAACUUCCACGCGUGGUCGAUUCCUACUGAGUUUCGUGGCUCAAUAUUGAUAUACACUUCCCUCAUGGCAUUCUCCCGCUGUACUCGGAACGCACGACUGCUGUGCCAACUCGGCUUAAUCUCGUACUUUAUCUGGAUUGCAGACGGCUGGUUUUGCGCGCUAUUCUCCUCUGGCAUGCUCCUAUGCGACCUUGAUUUACUUGCCGCGAGUGGCAACUUGCCUCGCUUUUUUUAUGCACUAGAACCUUACAAACAGACUAUUUUUUAUUGCAUGUUCGCCGCUUCCAUCUAUCUCGGUGGUGUACCCAGCCGAGACGCUGAUAUCUCUAAACUGUGUGGUUCAUACGGAUGGAAAUACCUAUCAUAUCUCAAACCACAGGCAAUGUGGGACUACAAAUGGUUCUUUUUGAUUUGGGCCUCAUCCUUCCUUGUCUCUUCUGUGCCGCGAAUCUCCUGGCUCAAGGCCUUUUUCGAGACACACUUCUGCCAGUAUCUCGGUCGUAUCUCGUUUGCCUUCUACCUUGUUCACGGGCCAGUACUCUGGCUCGUGGCCGAUAGGUUGUAUGCUGCAGUUGGGUGGUCACGCGAAUGGCAUCAAGCCAACACACCCGGCUGGGUCAACUGCUUUCCUUUGCCAAAAAGCGGGCCCUUGGGGCUGGAGCCGAGUUUUUUGCUUAUACAUCUAAGUGUGCUACCCAUGACGUUACAUAAAACAAAAAGGCCAGUCAAUGAAAAUCUCGUUCUUCCAAAUGUUGAUAACCAGAUUCAAAAUUCUCCCAGCAUGUUAGUCAGGGGAACAGUCCGGCUUCUCCCUCUAAUUUCUCUGGCAUUGGUCAUCUUCUUUGCGAUUGAGGGGUACAAACGUCAUGCGUUGCUAAAGUCAUGGUCGUUUGGAUACGGCCAAUGGGCCAAAGAGGUAGUGGUUCCAUUGGAGAUCUCAACGGAAGAGAGCCCGUCGCCAGGGCCUUCGCAGAUUUGGAACCAAAAUCCCACUGGCAGCAACGAGGAUGGUCAUAUCGACUUGAGCAAGAUCACUCUGCCACUACCCGAGCAAGAUUCAGGUUUGUCGACCAUUGAUAAGACUCACAACGAAAUAUUUUCUCUCUCGACAUCCUCGGGCCGAUAUUUUCCCAUUUCGUUUGGUGAAUACGAAACCCUUAAUCCAAAUAUUAUCCCUCACCCUUCGUCGGACAGUAAGUGGAUUAUUGUUGCACAACAGAAGACCCAGGAUGACGUACCCGCCUAUUCGAGAAUCAGUGUCCAGCUAGUCUGUGACGCACUAUUCCGUCCAUCAGAUGACGAUUACGACUACAAUAAUCGUGAUAACAACUACUUCAUUAAUGCUGGCGGCAAAAAUGGCAACGAAAAAUCACUAACAUGUGUUACGACACCUAAUAUCCUCCCCAUUGCUGCAACAAACUCUGGAAACCGAUGCCAGGGCCGCUGGGAACCCUUGACUCUUAAUGUCGGUCCCCACGACGCUCGUCUUUUCUACGGGCCACAGAUUCCGUACGUGAUCUAUGGGUCAAAUUCACGAUAUACCUGUUUUGGCCAGUGGAUACAUGAUUUCCGCAUGCUGUUUGACUGGAUCCCGUCCCUCAAAGAGGGGGUUACAGGUAUUGAUGAAAGUGGCGAUGUCUUUCGUACGCCGACGGAACUGUAUCGCCCGGCCCCAUAUGGUGAGGUUGAGAAGAACUGGUUCAUCUUCUGGGACACUAAUGGCGAUGCCUACGUGCAUUAUGACGUAUGGCCGCAACGCUCGUUUGCGAAGGUUGAAAAUCAAAAGAAAAGUCGUCUUCUCGGAGAACGGUUUCCAGAUAAUAGUAUUGUCGGACCAGACCUAGCCAUUCUGUCGAGUACGGCAGAUUCAAGUUGCAUGAACAAAUAUAUGCCGGAGAUACAAGAUUUCAGCAACGAAUUCAUCCACCAAGCGACUAACUCUCUGUCAAUCACUUUGUGCAAACGCUCUGAACUAAUCUGCCAACCUUCUGAUUUUAACACUUUUAUAUUUACAAUUUUUCAGAAGAAGGUUCAUGUUGGGGGAGCUAGGAGCUCUUACGAGCCUUACGCGAUGCUCUUUCGCCGCACUGCUCCAUUUGAGUUGCACGGUAUCUCGACCAAACCAUUUUGGAUCCAUGGCCGAAAAACGCUGCAGCAGGAAGCAGGUGCUCGUGAGAUGGUCGAUGACACCUUGUUCCUUGCAUUUGGAAUCGAUGAUUCUCGGACAGCAGGAAUCGAUGUUCAAGCAGGCGAUCUGUUAAAGGAUAUGGGAAUUUCGAUUGAAAAAAAUUGGAAACAGAUCGGCGAAGAUAUCGGCGUAGACCCAGAUGUGAUUUUGGCGACAUCUCACGGACGCAGAAGUAUUGAUGUCUUCGCAGAGCUUGAUCCUUCCAAGUCUAACUGGGAUUAUAUCUGCCAAAUGGAAGGACAAAUUCCUCACCUGUACGGCCAAUCCGCCAUUGAGAUUCCUGGUGGACGACAGCUUCUUAUCUCACUUGAGGAUAUGAAUAUCCCUCACUGUAUUGUUACAUCCGGGACAAAUGCUCUCGUGACCGGUUGGCUGGAGAUCCUCAAACUACCACGACCUAAUCACCUAGUAGUGGCUGAAGAUGUAUCCAAAGGCAAACCCGACCCUACAUGCUAUUUAAAGGGCCAAUUAAGGCUGUCAGGGAUCAAAGCUGUCAACGAUAAAGAUUUCUUGGUUGUGGAAGAUGCGCCAGCAGGAAUCAGGGCUGGGCGGGCUGCUGGCUUCAAAGUCGUGGCGCUGACCACGACGCACACUGUCGAGCAAGUAAAGAACGCUGGCGCAGACUGGAUAAUAGACGAUCUUCGAGACUUGAAAGUUUUUGAUCGGGACGAAAACAAUAGAGUUAGGAUUGGUUUUGACAAUGUGCGAUUUUGCAAGAAUAAGUCGGAUAUCAUUUGA